GUGGUAGGCGAGACGGCACGGGAAGACCCCAUCCCUAGUGAUAAGGCGCCUGGCGCAGAACGGUUUCAUUUUCGAUUUCAUGAUUCCAUUCUAGCUUGACCCAAGGGACAUUUGCCACAACUCAUCAGAGCGAAAAGAUCACGAUUGCAUCGCGCCGAUUAUGGACCAGAACGGACAAGUCGGUUUGUUCAAGAGGAUACUGGGUUUUGUAGCAGGCCGGUCGCCAGAACCGUCAACUCCUCGGACGCUGUCAUCGCAGACGCGUGACGCUUGGGUACGGGCGUAUGCUUAUGAACAGUACGAGAACCAAGAGUUUGAAAGUCUCAAUCCACAGGACCAAGCCAAUGCAUUGCGUAUGCUCAAUAAUUGCGUACAGAUCAAACAGGACCAGGAUGCCAAUUUUAACUUUAACCAAGAGGCACUGUACCCGAACCUCGAAGCGGCCAAUCGAAUCCUACAACAGGAUGAUGGACUGGGAGGUCGACCUCUGAACGCAACAAUUACUUUGAGCAAACGAAAGCGAGACCAGGACCCUCUCCUCGAGGAGUUCCGACGUAUGGAUACGGUCACGAAGAAACGCCGCAUCAUUGUUCGAGACAACCCUGACGCUGUUGAUGAUGCCAAAGCGCCAGAAGCAGAUUUUGCAAUCCGGGCGAGAAAACAGUCCAUGUCGCUAUAUCAGGGGCUACGAACACACUGGACGUGUGUAUGUCAGAAAUGCUCGCGUUUGAGCGUCCGACUCUCGUUGCCUCCGCCAAGUAAAAGCUCGCCGUUGGAGACAUCAUUCGAAGUCUUUUUUGGCGUCAAAUCACUGCUGCAGGUCUCACUACAGGAAGCGAAGAUCACGAUCAAGGACGAGGCAGCCGACAUAAAUGGGCACAAAUCAGAGAUCACGUCUAGCGAGUUGUCUGAUUUUGUGCAUAUCUGUCAAACUAUCACAGAGUCGAUAGACCAACAAACUUGCUUACAUCUUAAGUUUGAGAAUGGGAUGUUCAAGAGGCUUCGCCCACAGCCAAAAGUCUUUGGGGACCCUCAUCAUCCGCAGAUGGUGUCACUAUCUGCUCUUUUCAAACGCCAACAGGAGCUGACUGGAGGAACCUCGGUUCUGCCACACAGGGGAAAGCGAAUACUUGCUGUUGUUCUUGCAACGGCGCUGCUCCCCUUCCUUGAAACACCUUGGGUACAACCGACCUUUAAUCAUUCAAAUAUACAGUUCUUCCAGCCACUGGAGGAAGACAGGCUUCCAGACAUUACAAAGCCCUUUCUGGACAUGAAGCGAGUCCCUGUUGCCAUGCAAAAUAGAGAAAUGGCAAGGGAAGAUGAAGCUGAGAUCAACACUGCUAAGCAUAUGGUUCAUCCUAACGCCAGUGUGCUCGCGCUUGGCAUCUUGUUGUGCGAGCUUCAUUAUUGCAAACCCAUAGAAGCUUGGCAAGACGACCCAGACGCUAGUCAGAAUGUCAACAGCGCUUACUAUACCAGUCUAGAAGUCCUUAAAGACCUCGAAGACGAUGCUGGGCUGGGGUAUUAUCUUGCCACAAAGGCAUGCCUCCAAUGGGAAUAUCUGCCCGCCGGAGAGUAUACAACAUUUGAGUCCGCCAGCGUCCAAAAGCUGUUUUACCAGAACGUCGUGAAGAGACUCGAAUCCGAGAUUUCCAAAACGUGGGAGAAAGGCUUAGAAAAUUUACAGAGCUUGAGUGCUCAAGAAAACCAGCGUUGUUGGGGCAGGAAUGGCUGCGAGGUCAUCCGACAGCAUACGGCAAGGCGCCAGUCAGUCACCAAGGCUGCUUCAGAACCUCCCGUGAUCUUGCCGUCUUCAGAUCUGCAAACAACAGCUAGGCGAUACAGCACAGUGCAGAAUCCCGGCUUGCCUCGCUAUUAUGUACCUAUGGAAGCUUCUCAAAGCUUGCAAUUCUUUGAUGCGAGCCAUCAAAUGGCAUCUCUGCAAGAAAAAGCAUUAUCAAAUCGGUGGAUAGAUACAAUGGCGAUGAAGAUCUAUGAGUACGUUGAUCGCCAUAAUCAAGAAACCCAAAGCGCUGCUCCUGGCGUUGAUGAGCCGGUGCGCAUAGCAAUAUUGGACUCUGGUUUCGACCCUAACCUUCAGUCCGUGAGGACCAACGAAGGAUUCCUUGAUCCACGGAUAAAGGGAUUCAAGAACUUUGUUGCCGGACAGAAUGAGCUGGAGUGCCGGGAUGAAAUUGGACACGGCACCCAUGCACUUGGUCUCCUCCUCAAGGUUGCCACCACGUGUACGGAGAUUUAUAUAGCCAGAAUCGCGAACCAAGGAACGCUAGGUCGCGACAGCUAUAGCGCCAUCUCAAAGGCUAUUAACCACGCUGUGUCUGAGUGGAAGGUGGAUGUUAUCUCCAUGUCCUUCGGAAUCCGGGAAUUCGAUGAGGGUAUGAUGAAAGAAAUACAGAAUGCAAGAAUGAACCGAACACUGAUGUUCGCGGCGGCGUCAAACGAUGGGGCAAACCACGGCCGAGCUUUCCCAGCUAAAGAUAGCGGGGUAUUUUGUAUACACUCAUCCGACGCGAACGGGAGACCUUCCGGGUUUAAUCCGAUUGCUGAAGAGGAUGAUGUGAACUUCUGCUUCCUCGGGGAAAAUGUCGAGUCCCAUUGGCCAGUUGGUAUAGGUGGUCACAACGAGGACAUGCGUGUCAUGUCCGGGACAUCGGUAGCGACGCCCAUCGCCGCUGGGGCUGCUGCCUCACUCCUCUCUCUUGUGAGGCAGCACGAGAAAGAUGUACCUUUCGAUUCCGACCGGCUUGGAUGGUGGCUAAAAGAUCUUGACUUUAUGAAAGCUGUGCUCAAGAGCAUGAGGAAAGGCAACAAAUACGAUUCUUACGACUACAUACCGCCACUCUUUCUGUCGAAUAUGGGAUCGUCAAGGGAGGAUGUAUAUAACAGAAUCAAGCAAAUAAGGGGCGAGAUGUUACAGUAA